UGAUUGAAAAGCUUUAUUUGGAAAAUUGAUAGGCUUAAGUCAUCCGACCUUGGGAACGAUAAAUAAACAUUGAAAACAUGCGGCUGUCAUCCAGUUGAUUCGAUCAUCAGUACAGUGUUGUUUGUUUGAGAGAGGAUGCGAACUUAAGUUAAAUAAAGAUGAUUGCAUUUAUUCUACUGUUAUCUAUACUGAUAACAUUGGUAUAUUUUUUGGCUAUCAAACCAUUCAAUUAUUGGAAAGAACGAAAUGUGAAAACAGGACGAGUGAUUCCUGUGUUUGGGGACAACUUUGGUGUUAUCUUUGGUUUGGAGAGCUUCAUAGAUCAAACUAGGAGAAUGUAUAAUACACUACCCAAUGAAAGGUAUUAUGGGCUAUAUCAAUUUUUUCUUCCUGCACUUGUUAUUCGAACUCCAGACAUCAUCAAGAAAUUGUGCGUGAAGGAUUUCGAAUAUUUCCUCAAUCGUAGAAACUUUGCAGCAGAAGGAACUGAUGUGUUAUUCUCUAAGAACCUGAUAAAUCUCAAAGGACAAUCAUGGAAAGAUAUGAGGUCUACCCUCAGUCCAACCUUCACCAGCAGCAAAAUGAAGUCAAUGUUUGUACUGAUUUGUCAAAAUGCAAACCUAUUUACUGAACAUUUCUUGGAGAAGAAAGAGGAUCUUAUUGAGGUUGAAUUCAAAGAUUCUAUAUGUAGAUUCACGAGUGACGUUAUAGCGAGUUGUGCUUUUGGUCUUCAGGUCGACUCUCUGAAAGAUAGAAACAAUACUUUCUUCAAAAUGGGUCGACAAAGCCUCGAUUUUACCAGUAUCAGACUAAAAAUUGCGUUUUGCUUAUUUCAGUUAUCACCAAAACUAGCUUCUAUUUUGAAAGUACCAAUAAUCUCCAAAAAAGUUCAAGACUUCUUCAUAAAUUUAGUAAAAGACACCCUAAGAAUGAGAGAAGAAAACAACAUCAAACGUCCCGAUGUCUUAGGCUUGCUUCUAGACGCUAGAAAAGGUCAACUGAAUACAAAAGAAGAUCAAGAAGAAGAGGACGGUGGUUUUGCAGUUGUAAAAGAACAAUUAGAGAUGAAGACUUCAAAUAUCGAACUAACCGAUUUGGAUAUUGCUGCUCAAGCCUUCAUAUUCUUCCUUGCCGGUUUUGAAGGAGUUGCAACUCUUAUAUGUCAAACUGUAUAUGAAUUGGCAAUAAAUCCAGACGUACAGAAAAAACUGAUUGAUGAAAUUGAUGAAAAUUGGCCAGAAGAUGACAAACCAUCUUAUAACAAAGUGAUGAACAUGACUUAUUUGGAUAUGGUGGUUUCUGAGGCUUUGAGGAAAUGGCCUAAUGGCAUUCUGACUGACAGAGUUGUUACGAAAGAGUACACAAUUGAACCUGAACUUCCUGGAGAAAAGCCCUUAACACUCAAAGAGGGUUCUAUACUGCUGAUCCCCAUCUUAGGAAUGCACUUCGAUCCGAAAUAUUUCCCAAACCCGGAAAAAUUCGACCCAGAACGAUUUUCACCAGAGAACAAACAUAAUAUCGAUCCUUAUACCUACAUGCCCUUUGGAAUUGGUCCAAGGAAUUGCAUUGGUUCAAGAUUUGCCCUCAUGGAAGUUAAGGCUUUGCUUUUUUACCUUUUCCGUCAUUUUGAAGUUGUGCCAAUUGAGAAAACUGAAAUACCGAUCAAAUUCAACAAAAAUGCUUUCGGUUUUAUUCCUGAAAAUGGAUACCCUCUUGGAUUGAAAAAAAGAGCGAUAGAGAAAUAGUAUUAUUAUUUUUAUGACAACAAAUCAAAUAGGUCUGUGCAUUUGCUUCAAGGAUGGAAGAUGAGAAAUUAAAUGUUAUAUGGUAUGCCAGUAUUAUCAUAUUGAUAUUUUUUGGGAUAGAAAUGCAAUGAAUGAAAUUCUCCUCCUGUCAUAAACAGUAUUCAAGCUGAUUCAUGAUUUGAUUGAUGCUAUGAAAAUAAAUAUAAAAAACCACAAAUAAACACAAUAUUAAAACCACGAUGUCAUGUGGUUUCUCAUGUCAAAAUGUAACGCUCGAAUUCUGUAUUAAAUUUAUAUUGACAUUAACAAUUUUCCAUGAUAAUCUUUGAUUUUGUUAGAGAUGUACCUAUAAUAAUAUUUCAUCAUAUUACCUGAAUUUAUCAUAUAUAGAAAUACUCUUAUAUUGUACGAAUGAUAUCAUUGAAAUUUAUCAGUUGUUCUUAAAAUUCAUAAUUUAACUUUGUGUUCAGAAGUGAAAAGGCUAUUUCAUCAUUUCGUCAAAAUUAUAGAGACUACAGAAAUAUUGUAUGAAUGAUAUCAAUAAAAUUAAUCAGUUAUCAAUCGAGUUGAUGACCGAUG